AUGUCUUUCAGUGCUUCUGUUGAGCAAGGUACAUAUACGUACGGACUCACUAAUUUUUCGUCCGUACGGCUUUUCGUCCUUGUCGCUUUCUGCUCGUUCUGGAUAUAUAGAUAUGUCCUCAGAGCUGCCAAGUAUCGGGCCGAUAUUGAAUUCGGAAGACUGAAUGACUGCCAGCCGCCAGCUUUCAUUCUUUCGUACAAAUGGCCUCUAGCGUUGGAUAUUGUCAAACGAGGAUUCAAAGCCGGACGCCAGAAGAAGCUGCUUUCCCUCUUUACAGAGUACUUCGAUCAAUUGGGACCGACUGUCGAGCUAACGAUACUCGGCGGCAUUGGAUUCGCAACGAUGGAUCCUGAGAAUAUAGAGGCGGUCCUGUCCACUCACUUCGAGGACUUUCAUCUUGGACCUCGAAACAAAGCCAUGAUGGCUAUGAUAGGUGAAGGUAUCUUCACACAAGACGGCCCUGCGUGGAAACAUUCUCGGGAGCUCCUGCGACGUCAAUUUGUGCGGAUGCAAUAUCAGAAUCUUGAAGGCUUUCGAGAGCACGUGGAAAACUUAGUCGAUACCGUUAAUAAUUCUCCUGGCAUUGUAGACCUUCAGCCAUACUUCUAUCGCUUGACUCUCAACACCACUAUUGCUAUGAUACUUGGUCAAUCUGUCGAGAGCUUCAAUCACGAAAUAGGCGACCUGUUCUCAAAAGCCUUCAACAAGGCCUCAUUGGUCACCGCUACGCGCGUUCGACUUGGUGACCUCUACUUCUUGUACGCCCCAAAGGGGUUUUUUGCAGCUUGCAAGACAGUCAAAGAUUACACGGACCAAUUUGUAAGAGACGCCCUGCGGCAAGACCGUGGCAAUGCAGAGAUAUCCGAUAAAUAUACAUUUAUCAAUGAUCUCCAAAACGAGCAUCAAGAUGUACGUCUCGUUCGGGACCAAGUUAUCAACGUGCUCAUUGCAGGUCGGGAUACCACAGCGGCAACAAUGUCCUAUGUCUUCCGCCUUCUUGUGAGACACCCGCAUGUGCUCAAGAAACUUCGGGGCGAAAUUGAGUCCGUCCUUGGACAAGACAACAAUAUUACCAGAGCUUAUAUUCAGCGCAUGCCUUACCUUCAGCACGUCAUCAAAGAAACACUGCGGCUAUAUCCGCCGGUGCCAAUUAACACUCGUUUUUGUAAGCAAGCAAGUACCCUACCUCUAGGUGGCGGUCCAGACGGCCGUUCUCCAGUCUUAGUUCGAGAAGGAAUGCCUGUUGCAUAUUCAGUGUACCAUAUGCAUCGGCGCAAGGAUAUAUAUGGCUCCGAUGCUGGAUCCUUUCGACCCGAAAGAUGGGAAGGCUCAGAACUCUCGGAUAUCAAAUGGGGUUAUCUGCCUUUUAACGGUGGUCCGCGACUCUGCCUAGGCAAGGACUUUGGGCUCAUGCUUGCUUCAUACGGAAUUGCGAGGAUGAUUCAAGCCUAUCCAAAAAUCGAGCUUGCUCCGGGAGAAACUUGGGAAGAGCCGGGCGCGGAGCGGCAGCAUCUUACCCUUACGCUUUCGAAUGCAGAUGGCUGUAAAGUCCUACUAGCGCGAUGA